CCCCAGCCCCUGCCCCCCGGGGGGCCCCAGGUCCUGGGCCGGAGGGGAGCCCAAGGACCUUUACCUCCCCCAGGGACAAGAUUCCGGCCUUUGUCUUUUGAGGUGCCCAAGCCGCUCUUUCCUGUGGCGGGAGUCCCCAUGAUCCAGCAUCACAUAGAGGCCUGUGCCCAGGUAAUGCCCCCAAGCAGUGAGACCCUGCUCCCUGUGCUGGGGCCCCCUUUUCCACGGGUUCUUGGGGCUGCCCCAAGGAAUUCCCCCCCAGGGGUGGGGGGAGGGGAGGUUUCCUGGCCCGGGGGUCCCCCUGCCGGGGUUGUCACCCCAGAAAAGAGCCGAGUUUUUGGACCGAAAGAGGGGUGGGGGAGUCCCAGGGGGGGGAGACGGGGACACAGGCCCAAGGGAGUAGGGGGUUCUUACCAGAGCUCAUUUGGGGGGUCUGGUCUUCCGGGCUUCAGGUACCUGCAGGAAUUUGCCCCCCUAGGUACAGGAGGGUCGAUAUUUCCCGAACCAGAUCCGGCCGGGGUCCCAAAGCCUUCUUGCCUUAAGGAUGUCUGCUCAGACUUCCCCCUGGGCGCUAUGCUAGAAGCCCACAGACGGCAGCCUCAUCCCUUCUUGCUCCUAGGCACCACGGCCAACCGGACCCAGUCCCUUAAUUAUGGCUGCAUUGUGGAGAACCCAGAAACUCACGAGGUUUUGCAUUAUGUGGAGAAACCGAGUACAUUUGUGAGUGACAUCAUCAAUUGUGGCAUUUACCUCUUCUCACCAGAAGCCCUGAAGCCCCUUCGUGACGUCUUCCAGCGAAACCAGCAGGACCGGCAAUUCUGCCUUGAUCUGGGGGACGGCUCUUCGGGCAGCUGGCCUGGGGCAGGGACCAUCCGGCUGGAGCAGGACGUGUUCACAGCCCUCUCUGGCCAGGGCCAGAUCUAUGUCCACCUCACCGAUGGGAUCUGGAGCCAAAUCAAGUCUGCAGGCUCUGCCCUUUAUGCCUCUCGCCUCUAUCUGAACCGGUACCAAGUAACUCACCCUGAGCGGCUGGCCGAGCUCGCCCCCGGAGGCCCCUGCAUCCGAGGAAAUGUUUAUAUCCACCCAACGGCGAAGGUGGCUUCCUCUGCAGUGCUUGGUCCUAACGUCUCCAUCGGGGAAGGUGUGACUGUAGGGGAGGGGGUCCGACUCCGAGAGUCCAUUGUCCUCCAUGGAGCUACUCUGCAGGAGCACACGUGUGUGCUGCACAGUAUCGUGGGCUGGGGGAGCACAGUGGGGCGAUGGGCCCGAGUGGAGGGCACGCCCAACGACCCCAACCCUAACGACCCUCGGGCCCGGAUGGACAGCGAAAGCCUUUUCCGGGACGGGAAGUUGCUUCCAGCCAUCACCAUUCUGGGCUGCCGGGUCAGGAUUCCCGCUGAGGUGCUGAUCUUGAAUUCCAUUGUGUUGCCACACAAGGAGCUGAGCCGGAGUUUCACCAACCAGAUCAUCCUCUGAAAGGGGGGACUUGGGGAAGGAUGCCCCCCCCCCCGGGAGCCCGUUGCCCCGGCUGGCUCUUGUCUCUGGACAGGAAGGAGUUGGUUGAAUUGGACCUUCAGCUGACUGGUACUCUGGGGGUGGGAGAUAUGUGGGUGGCCAGGGCGGGCCUCCCUCUCCAUCUCCCAAUAAACCCUGAUGAACCUUGGAGCCA